ACCUGCUGGUGGAUGUUGUGUGAUCGAUCUCAGUUUUGAUGAACACGACCACAGGUUAGACCAGGAUUUGCACAACUCGUCAAAACGCUGAAUUGUUCACCACCAGGUGUGACUUUUGAUUACUGGGUCAAGAAAUGUGUGCGAUUGGUCCCGUUAGUGUCAGAGAGUCACCGGACGUGUUUCCCAGUCACCAGGUCCACAGAACUCGACUUCUCGCACUGGCUCCAGCCGGAGUGAGCGCCGCGCAAAGGGGCGCGCAUCUGCAGAGGGCGCGCGGCGCUCCGUCGUCCUCCUGGAGGGCAGCGGUGACGCUGGAGCCGCCUAUAAAAGCGCUUCCAAAUUGCCACGCGUCGGUCAGUCAUGCACUCGCUGCGGGCGCUUCUGAAGGCAUCGCCUCUCGCCGAGCGCUUUGGAACUCACGCCUUCAGUCGGCUGGAGUCCGCGUCGCUGCCGGAGCGCUCCCCUCCGUGCGCUUCAGCCAAGACGCGCCGUAGUAAAGGAACGGAGUCAAAGGCGAGUCCCGGUGCGCGCGGGACGCGCCGCGGUGCGGGUCGCUCCACUUACGGCGGGUCGGUGGCCGCCGGCGCCUGGAACUGACUCCACGUGAACUUGGAAGUAUGAGAAAAGGAGAAGACCCCGCGUUUGUCCGCUCUUGAGGUAGUCUCGCUGAUAGCCGUCCCGCUGGACAUGGACAAUGGAUACCUCCAACCUGUCGGGCAUCGCCGUGCCCUCCACUGCGGCAGCGGAACUUUUGGCGACUCGUGAUCCGUUCAGCGGACCCAUCGAGCACAUCGCGCCGUGGAACUUUACCAUCCUGGCCGUGCUCAUGUUCGCCGUCACUUCGCUGUCUCUGAGCGAGAAUUUCUGUGUUAUGUAUGUCACAUUCAAGUACAAACAGCUCAGACAGCCGCUGAACUACAUUAUAGUAAACUUAGCCAUCGCCGACUUUCUUGUGUCCCUCACUGGUGGAGUAAUAAGUUUUCUCACAAACGCACGAGGCUAUUUCUUCCUCGGGAAGUGGGCUUGCGUGUUGGAGGGGUUUGCUGUCACUUUUUUUGGCAUCGUGGCCCUGUGGUCCCUCGCCGUUCUGUCCUUCGAGCGCUUCUUCGUGAUAUGCCGACCUCUGGGGAACAUCCGACUACAAGCGAAACACGCCAUCCUGGGCCUGCUGUUCGUCUGGACCUUCUCCUUCAUCUGGACCUUCCCUCCGGUGCUGGGCUGGAACAGAUACACCGUGAGCAAGAUCGGAACCACCUGUGAACCCGACUGGUACACGACAAGCAUGAUAAAUCACAGCUACAUCAUCACCUUCUUCACCACCUGCUUUAUCCUACCACUUGGGGUGAUAUUUUUCUGCUAUGGAAAGCUCCUCAGGAAACUCAGGAAGGUGUCCCACGGCCGUCUAGCCAAUGCCAAGAAGCCGGAGCGGCAGGUGACCCGCAUGGUGAUCGUCAUGAUUGUGGCCUUCAUGGUGGGCUGGACGCCCUAUGCAGUGUUCUCUAUACUGGUCACAGCUCACCCGACCGUGGAGCUGGACCCCAGGCUGGCUUCCAUCCCAGCCUUCUUCUCCAAGACGGCCGCCGUCUACAACCCCAUCAUCUACGUCUUCAUGAACAAACAGUUCAGGAAGUGCCUCAUCCAGCUCUUCACCGGCAAAGGGACCAUUCCAGACAGCAACCUGAACCAGACGUCAGAGCGACCUGGAAUCACCGCUGAGAGCCACACGGGAGAGAUGUCGGCCAUCGCCGCCCGCAUUCCCAUGGGCGACGGCGCCUCCCCCGGCUCGGGCAACUCUCCGACCGACUGCGGCUCCUUCGCUCAGCUCCCCAUCCCCGAGAACAAAGUGUGUCCCAUGUAACAGAAACACGGGUCCGGGUCAGAAAGCGACUUUUAAUGGUUGCGUUUAUAUAUUUGAUUUACAAAUUAGACACAAGUCAUAAAAACUUUUAUGGUUUCAGCAUUUUCUGCAGUUUGCUUUGUUGUUGAUUUAAGAAAGCACAACAAGGCAAUAAUACUAAUAAUUCACAAACAGAAACGGUCCAUAGAUGUCUAUAAAUAUUUCUUCAGUAUCUUGGAUGUUGACUGUGAUGGCCAUGUUUAUUGACCGCGGACCAUGUUAAUGUGUCACACUCAGUUUGCUCAAACACUAAAGUCUGCAUCAGUUGGUUGACGCUGAAAGGGUUCAAAAGCCACAACGCAAGCGGCUCGCCUUUGAAGCUGCGGACGGGCGCCUGCAGAGGAAGCCUUGUUUUCUUAUGCCGUUUCACCACUUGGCUUCUGUCUUCAUCCACGUCUCCUCAUGGAGGGGACAGAGCCAAUCCCACGCGGAGGAGGCUGAGCUCAAAGCUUCUCCUUUCUACUGAAGAUGGGCGACGAGACUCGAACCCGCCGGGCUCCUCCUGCCUCCGCUGCAGAUGUUGGACGAUGUCUUAACAACAACAAACCCACAACACAGCCCACUGCCUGUAGUGGACCCUGGAGCUGAUGCAGUACCAAUAAAUACCCCUAUAGCACAGGUCACAGCCGCGUGGAAGCUAAACGCUGUGGCGUAGUUGUAGCAGUGAGUGUCCCAACGUGGUGCAUGUUUGUUGACUGUUGCUGGAUAUUUGUCAGAAUAAUGUGCUGUUCUCUGCUGCACGGUGUUUUGAUGUGUGAACAUGUACCUGUGUGUUGCCGUGUUCCAGUCACGUUUGGAAGUCACACAUAGCAUUUUAAUGCGCCGGUGCCAAAUGAAUAGUGAUGUCUUGGUGUAAUUAGCACAAGGUAGCGGCCACGUUUCCAUUCAUUUUUUUUUUAUUUUGGAUUUUUGAUUAAGUAUGAAAAAAAAUAAAUACAUCAGCAAUAAUAGCAGUGGUGGCUGUGUAUGUGCCAAUAUGUUUUUCUCUGCCAAAAAGUUAAAAAUUAAUGUAGCAUUAACCAAUGCUUAUUUUAUAUUUUCAUUGUUUUUUGUGGCAUGAGACAAUCUAGGGACAUAAUAUUAUAUUUUAUAUAUUUAUUUACUUGUAAAGAUUUUCAGGUUUCUUGAACCUUGUUUUUUAUGGUGAUAUUGACGUCUCAAUAUUCACUGCCUAACUUAUUAUAAAAGAGUGUUUAGGCUUAUUUCUUUUUGUAGAGGUAAAAAUUACUGAAAGAUGUCAUUUUCUUCCUUUUUUUUCUCAUCCAGUCAUGAGUUUGAUGUUAUCAGUGAAUGGUUUCCACCCAAGUCGUGGAUGUGUAAAACAUGAUGAUUUAGAUUGUCUUCCUAAAGAUGGAUGCAUUUUCCAGUCAGGUACCAUUAAAGCACUGGAGAAAUGACCAGGCCUCUGGCAAUUGACAAUAAUAUGAAACAGUGGGAGAGCAUGUUAAAAUGUUGUGGUUCGUGUAAGAGCGUGUUUCAUGUCUUUGAGGUGGGAGCCUCACCAACCAACCCUCAUUUACUUUGUGAACCUGUUUCUAUUUCAAUUUCAUCAUAUCUACUCGUUUCACUUGUUUUAUGCACAUUAAAAAUGCACAUAGAGCUAUUGAUGCUUCCUUCCCAAUCUGUUGUCAGCCUUCGCUGACACACACGUCUCCAGGUGUGUGUAGAGGUGUAGCUUCUCCACCUUGAAGCUCAGACAGGACAGAACUUAAACACACCUGCCGGUGGAAGCGUUUCAGUGUCCAGAUUACAGACUGCGCUGCUGCUGGCUGAUAAGACGACGUGUAUAGAUGGUCCGAGCUCCCAUCGCCCUCCAACCUCAGUGUCUCCAUCUGUGUGUUGUGUUGUACCUCCAACGCAUGCUCUAUGGUUUUUGUGUCAUGAGCACGUACCUUUGCUCUGAGUGGCUUUGGAUGUACACGGGUUUAGAUGCACGCUGGUCUGUAUUAAAGUACAUUUUUUUCAAAGGCAA